CUAGAUGUGUUCUUUUCUGGACGCCGACGGAGAAGAACGAAAUCAACCGACCCAAAAGUCCAAUUACAACGCCUUGACCAAAAGCCAUUCUCCUAUUGAUCUAUAUUAAUCCUAACUCGACUUCGCUUCUCCGUCGCUCGCGCUUCUCUCUUUGCCUUUGCCUUGGACUCGAAGGCAGAGUUCGAAAGGGGAACACACUCGGCGAGGACGAUGGCGAAGCUCUACGUGCAGACGGUGCCUCCACCGGAUCUGAACAAGAACACGGAGUGGUUCAUGUACCCCGGCGUCUGGAGCACCUACAUACUCAUCCUUUUCUUCUCCUGGCUCCUCGUGCUCUCCGUCUUCCGCUGCACCCCCGGCAUGGCCUGGACCGUCGUCAACCUCUUCCACUUCGCGAUUACCUAUUACUUCUUUCAUUGGAAAAAGGGGACUCCCUUUGCUGAAGACCAGGGCAUCUACAAUAACUUGACCUGGUGGGAGCAGAUGGAUAAUGGGAAGCAACUAACACGGAACAGGAAAUUUUUGACUGUUGUACCUGUUGUCCUGUACCUGAUGGCUCUGCACACGACCGACUACCAACAUCUGAUGCUUUUCCUGAAUACACUUGCAGUGGCCAUUUUGGUGAUUGCGAAAUUCCCAAACAUGCACAAGGUUCGUAUUUUCGGGAUCAAUGAAUGAGCAGUGACGCACACGAAAGAUAACUUGGCGGUUGUCCUUUUAAUUCGAUAGCUAGAUCUUAUAGGCCUAGUUGGUAACACUGAAUACUGAAUGAAGUGCAUAAUGCCAAAGUCGUGGUUUGUUGUUCAUAUACAGAACAUAUUGAAGAAUAUAGGAGUGGAUGCUGUUUUGCUUUUGUACUUUCAUCUAUCGAUUUUAUAUGAAUAUAAGAAAAGUGGUGUGCUUUUGACUCUCAA